UGGAACAUGGAGGGAAGGGCAUUUGACAGGCAGCAGAAGGUCAAUUGUGUCAUUUUGUGACUGAACAGCUGUGCCGGAUUAUAUUACGAUGCCCCCUCUCUCCUCUUCUUCUGCAACGUUUCCUAGGCCGAGGGCAACUGCAGCGAGCCAAAGCAAAUCCCCCACCUCUUUCUUCCCCUCUCUUUCUCUCUCUCUCUCCCCUUCCCCUUUCUUCCAGCUUUAGCUUUUCCUUCCGCUUCUUUGUUUUUUGUUUAUAAUUUUACAAAGAGAGUCUUCUAAGCAGUAAUCACUCUCUUUCUCUCUCUUCUCUUUGCUCGUUGAACAAGAGGAUCUGCUGCUUCUUGCCCAAGGCAAGGGCCUCCUGAGGAAGAUAGGCGAGACGGAGCAUUUAGGGUGGGAUAAAGUAAACCUAAGUACGAUCUGGAAGAAUGUGGGGCCCGAUCAGCGGCGUCUGACGGCGGUGGCGGAGUGCAGAGAAUGCGGCGCCAGGUUCUGGCAGACGGAAGAACGGCUAGGGUUAACCGAGGCUGGGUCUUGGAGAGUGCCGGAGGCGAGGUGGAGGUGGAGGUGGAGGCGGAAGGGACAGCGAAGCCAGCCACUGCUAUAAGGAGUAGAUCGGCAGGAGGCGGAGGAGGGAGGAGAGUGACGCCGACGACGUUGGUGGCGGAGGGCGGCCGAGCGGUGGAGGUGGAGAAGGUCCUCUCAAACGGAGAUCUCUACUGCGGCCUUUUUGCCGGAAACGAACCGCACGGCCGGGGAAAGUAUCUUUGGACUGACGGUUGUAUGUAUGAGGGUGAUUGGCGCCGAGGAAAGGCUGCCGGGAAGGGGAAGUUCUCUUGGCCGUCGGGUGCGACCUUCGAAGGAGAGUUCAAGACCGGGAGAAUGGAGGGUUUCGGGACGUUCAUCGGUGCCGACGGUGACACGUACCGUGGUUCUUGGAUCGCCGAUCGGAAGCACGGCUUUGGUUGUAAAUCCUACGCGAACGGUGACUUCUACGAGGGGGAGUGGCGGCGAAACCUGCAGGACGGUCAAGGCCGCUACGUCUGGCGCAAUGGUAACCAAUACAUUGGAGAGUGGCGCAACGGCGUAAUCACCGGCAGGGGAGUGCUCAUCUGGGGCAACGGCAACCGUUACGAUGGUCAGUGGGAUAAUGGCGUGCCCAAAGGGAGCGGUGUCUUCACUUGGCCUGAUGGCAGCUGCUACGUUGGAAGCUGGAGCAAGGACCUCAAAAGCCAGCAGCAGCUCAACGGAACCUUCUACCCUGCUGCCACACUCUCCGGAGGUGCUAGUAGGAGUUCAUUCUCUUACCUGGAGGACAAUCUGCCUCCGUUUCCAGCGUCAAGGAAGCGGUCGUCUGUUGACGUUACCCUGGCCAGGUGCAGUGCCGCUGAGAAGAACUUCCCUAGGAUCUGUAUAUGGGAGUCCGAUGGUGAUGCAGGUGACAUCACCUGCGAUAUUAUCGAUACUUUUGAGGCCUCCAUGCUCUACAAGGACGGAACAGAGUUUUCCCAGGAAAGUGAUCUUUCUAGGGAGCUCCGGCGCCGAAAUCCUUGCUGUUUUACUACUAGCGAAUUUAAGAAGCCGGGGCAAACAAUAUCGAAGGGGCAUAAGAACUACGAUCUGAUGCUUAACCUUCAAUUGGGCAUCAGAUACUCUGUGGGAAAACCAGCUGCAUUGCAGAUGAGGGAGCUAAGAUCCAGUGAUUUUGAUCCAAGGGAAAAAUAUUGGACAAGAUUUCCUCCUGAAGGAUCAAAGAUUACCCCGCCCCACCAGACAGCAGAGUUCAGGUGGAAAGACUACUGCCCCAUGGUGUUCAGACAUCUGAGAAAAUUGUUUGCAGUGGAUCCAGCCGAUUAUAUGAUGGCCAUAUGCGGUAAUGAUGCUCUGAGAGAGCUAUCUUCCCCGGGAAAGAGCGGAAGCUUCUUCUAUCUAACUCAGGAUGAUCGCUUCAUGAUCAAAACAGUGAAGAAAUCAGAAGUCAAGGUUCUCAUUAGGAUGCUAGCUAGCUAUUACCAACAUAUUUGCAAGUAUGAGAGUUCAUUAGUUACAAAGUUCUAUGGGGUGCAUUGCGUGAAGCCAAAUGGUGGACAGAAGGUUCGUUUCAUUGUAAUGGGCAACCUAUUCUGCUCAGAGUAUAGAAUUCAUAGACGCUUCGACCUAAAAGGCUCAUCUCAUGGCCGGACUACAGAGAAAGCUGAGGAAGAGAUUGAUGAGACCACAACUCUGAAGGAUUUGGAUCUUAAUUUUGUAUUCCGCUUGCAAUCAACUUGGUUCAAGAAACUUAUUUGGCAAAUUGAACGGGAUUGUGAAUUUCUGGAAGCAGUAGGUAUAAUGGAUUAUAGUCUUUUGGUGGGACUUCAUUUCAGAGAUGAUUUAUCAGCUUCUAAGAUGGGGAUGCCUGCUGCUUCAGAAAAAAUUUCUAGCAAGAGUGAACCAUUACCAGGUGGACGGACCUUGGUUGAGGUUUGCUUCUCGGAGUUAGGUUGGCGGGAUACUAACAGAUUUGUUGAUGGAAGAAAACAGCCGAUUCGUCUGGGCGCAAAUAUGCCAGCGAGGGCUGAGUACGUGUUGAGGUGGAGCGACUCGGAUCAUUCCCCUAUUGCUGGUGGCGGCCUUCUAAUGCCUCCCGCUCGAAACGGCGAAGUCUACGAAGUCAUCCUCUAUUUUGGAGUGAUUGACAUUCUUCAAGAUUACGAUAUCAGUAAGAAACUCGAACACGCAUACAAGUCGCUGCAAGUUGAUCCCACUUCCAUCUCAGCUGUGGACCCAAAGCUUUACUCGAGAAGAUUUCGAGAUUUCAUCAGCAGAGUCUUCAAGGAAGACGAUGAUUGAUCAAAAAGGAAGUAGAGAUUAUGCCAGUUAUUUUUACAAGUUGAUGAUGGGAACCAACAUGAUUCCAACCUCAUCGAUGGAAAGCCAAUAUAGAAAUGAUGAGAAAGCCAAGGCUUCAUAACCGGCAGCGAGUGUUACGCUACUGCAAUCGGUGAGCGGGGCUGAUUUUUGAAGCUCAGCCAUGGAGGUGAGUGAGACUGUACAUGCCAAAUUUGGGGGGAGGGAGGUUCGUGGGACAUUUUUUUUGUUAAUUUUUUAAACUUUUUAAGUUUUCCCGUUUGGAGAACGAUGCUACAGUAAGGAAAAGUAAUAGGGCGAUAUUGCUGUUUGAAUAGGGAGGGGGGAGGGCAAAGGAAAGCUUUUGUUUUGGCGUUUUGGCAAUUUGAAUAAUGCGGAUGUACAGAAAAGAAGUAUGAUUAUGAGAUGAGGAUGUGGCCGAUGAUGAUGAUGAUGAUUAUGAUGGGUGGAUUAUUAUGAUUAUAUUAUUAUAUUAUUUAAAAUAUUUCACAAUCUAACCUUUCAUUUCUCACCAUGGACCCCUACUCUCUUUUUCUCCUCCCACCAUUGUGCGGUUGUUUUCUCUUUUGCAGAAUUAUAUUCGUCUUAGGAGGUUGUAGCCCUUUUGCAGAGACGCAGCAGAGCGCCUUGUUGGAAGUGGUAAAAAAGCAAAGCUUUGCUGUAAUAAGAAUUUGUAGAGUUGGAGUGUAAUGUGCGUGUUUGAUUUCUUCUGUGAGAGAGAGAGGGAGAGAGCGCAUCAAAAGGAGUGUAAAGCGUUACAACGAAGAUGCAGGGGCCGAUCCGAUAUGCUCUUUCUGUAUCUCUGCCAAUAAUUUAUUCUCUUAUAUUCAUUUACCAUAUUCUCCCCC